GAGGCCAGAGGCGGGUCAAAGAAGAGUGCUGGCGACGCCUUAGAACCUCGGGCGGCGGCUGCAACCACAGGUACGGCGCAGGGCAUUGUGUCCUACCUAUCUGGGCAUCUUAAUCCGGCUCUGAGAACUGAAAUUGUCAAAGUGCGCCUAACUCCGAACAUCCAUGCCCCCGGGUGUCCGAGAGCGGAGUCCUGGGAUCGCCUGAAACUUAAAGCUAAAGCUACGUGUUCCGGGAGCCGCAGAGCCAGGGCACCGAGGGCUGCAGGGGGAGGUAGUGAGGUCCUGGAAACCUCUGGAGAGGAGGACUUGGAGACCCCGGGGCCAUAGCCAGGUCCCGCAAGUGCCAGUGGAGCAGGUGACUGAGCGCCCGGGCGGUCCGCUUCUGGGUCGCCUGGCACUUGGAUAACGGAGGUACUGGGACAGUUGUGCCCCUGCGUCGGCUCAGAGACCUCCAGGUGUGUUUUCCACCGAGGCCCGUGGCAUCCAAACCAGCGCCUGCGGAACUGCUGAUGGAGACGCCCAUCCAGCGCGAAAUCCGCCGUAGUUGCGAGCGCGAGGAGAGCCUGCGCCGGAGCCGCGGUCUGAGUCCCGGUCGCGCGGGCGAGGAACUCAUCGAGUUGCGGGUGCGGCCGGUGCUCAGCCGGCCAGGUUCCGGUACCCCGCUGCCGCGCGCCCUGGAGCGCGCUCGGGCGGGCGCGAAGAUGCAACGGGACAUCGAACGCGAGGCUCACAGGCAGGCGGCGCUGACGAGCCCCGCGGUUCCGGAGCCCAGCGCCGGGCGGCGGCCGCAGCCGCUGGAUGAACUCAAGCGCUUCUUUGAGGCCGCAGCAGAGGAAGGAGCGAGCUUGCAGCGGCAGCCGGAGGCCGGAGGCCGGUUGCGCCCCGCCCUUCAGGACGGCUGUCCGGUACUGGGGCAGUUGCCGCCGCUCGUUGCUCCGUCACUGCUAGAGCAGGAGGUGCUCCGGGUGCAUGAGCGCGAGCGGGAGCUGCAGCUGCAGCGGCGCAGCAUCUACGGGGCAGCCGAGGACCGGGAGCCAGCGCCGAGCCUCACCCGAUCCCCAGAUCUAUCCGACCUGUCUUGGAGUCUUGGCUUCUUGCGUUCUCCGCGAGCAGGGGAGAUGGAAAGUUGGCGGUGACCUGGCCCCCGCGGAGACAGGCCUCAGAGAACGGCCUGGAGAAGGAGCGCAGACCCUGAGCUCUGUGAAGGUUGGGGCCUGCGGCCAGAAGUAACAUGCCCUUUGGAGAACCAGGGUAGGGUUACCCUCCAGAUCAGCAGAAGGCCUAGAGAGGGAAGGCCCAGCUUUCUUUAAUGGAAACUUGAAAUUCAGCCCAUCCCUGAUACUGACUAUGGAAUUAACCACCUCUCUCCAUAAAAGUGUUUAGUCUUCCCUGGAAAAUAGACCACCACCCGCAAAACCUGAGUGAAACAUAUAAUAAAGUUCUCCUCCCUUUUCCUGGG